AUAUACACCCUGAGCAUGUAUAAGUCUCGGCAGGUCUCAGGAACAGAAUCGGCAUGCAGGACGUGAGGACGAGCGAGCCGGGAUAUUAUAAACAACUUGGUCGACUGGUUGUCAUGGGCAACGUUUAACAAUGGCGAUUUUUCUCAACAGCCGAUUUUUGUUCUCACGACAAAGGUUUUUGACAAAAACUUGUUUAACGAGUUUACGGCAGUUCUCACAUGGAUCAAAAUUAUCACAGCAGAGUGUCGAGGAUAACGACGAUUCUUUACCGGUACCAGAUGUGCCUCACCAGAUUUAUAAUGGAAUGCUCACAAGACAAGUCAAAGCUGUAAAAACAUUUUCACUAGGAACAAGUUGUAUAGGACUCGGUAUGCAACCCGUACUUUAUGAGCAUGUGACUUCUCAGGAGACUAGUUUACCUUUGGUGGUUGCACUUUAUUCGGCUGUUGGAAUAUUCACAUUUGUCACACCAUUUCUCAUUCACUUUAUUACAAAGAAGUAUGUCACUGACAUUAUGUUUGAUCCAGUAACAGAAGAAUAUACAGCCUCAGUUUAUAAGUUUUUUCCAAUUAAAAGAAAGAUAAACUUUAAACUGGAAGAUGUAACAGUUCCUGAUGUUCCUGGGGCAUUCACAACACUUUGUGUGAAAAAUGUACCCUUGUUAUGCAUCCCAAGUGAUUUCUUGUACCCAGAACACUACAUAAAAUUUAUGGGCUAUGACAAACCUGUAGACUUCAAACUUAGUACUCCUAAAGAUAAAAGUGAGGACAGCAAUAAAUCUUAAAAA